AUGACACACCAGGAGCUUCGGUUUCCGCGAUACAUGGAAGAAAUUGUGCGAGCUUUCACUCAUGUGAUCAACCAGGGCUGGGCUAUGUACUGGGGAACAUCCAGGUGGAAUGCCAUGGAGAUUAUGGAAGCCCACUCUGUGGCCCGUCAGUUCAACUUGAUUCCACCAAUUGCAGAGCAGGCGGAGUAUCACCUGUUCCAGCGUGAGAAAGUGGAACUAAGCAUGCCAGAGCUGUACAACAAAAUAGGUAUAGGUACCAUGACCUGGUCUCCUCUAGCUUGUGGUAUUCUGACUGGGAAAUAUGAUGAUGGAGUGCCCAUCUACUCCAGAGCAGCCACCAAGGGCUAUGGCUGGCUGAAGGAUAAGAUUCUAUGUGAGGAGGGGAGAAGACAGCAGUCUAAGCUGAGAGAGGUGGCAGGGAUUGCAGACAAACUGGGAUGUACACUAGCCCAGCUGUCUAUUGCCUGGUGUUUGAAGAAUGAGAAUGUUCAGUGUGUGUUGCUGGGAGCAGCUUCUGUGGAUCAAUUGUACGAAGAUAUCCAGGCAUUGCAG